AUGGCUGUGGACUCCAAGAUCCAGCCUCCGUCUGGGGGUCUUGAGGCUGUUCUACCGAACCAGACUACACCGUGGUACAAGCAAGCCCACUUGCUCAAACUUAAUAGUUUGAUACUGGGCUUGGUAUGCUUUCAAUCCGCAAUCGGAUAUGACGGAAGUCUCCUCAACGGUCUCCAAUCUCUUCCCCAAUGGAGCGACUUCAUGGACCAUCCUUCUGGCGAAUGGUCCGGCUUCAUCAAUGCCAUCUACUUCAUCGGAUUCUUUGUAGCAUGCCCUCCCAGCUCAUGGCUCGCAAACAAAUACGGUCGUCGUCUACCAGCUUUACUGGGCUUCAUUCCGCUUGCAAUUGGUACUGGUCUUCAGACAGGUGCUAAGACUGAGGCAGAGUGGAUCGCUGGCCGUUUCAUCCUCGGCAUCCCGACUGCCAUGUUCGCGACCUCAAUCCCUCUUCUCAUUACGGAGAUCGCUUACCCCAGCCACCGAAGUGUCAUCACUGCUUUGACCAACACCAAUUAUUUCAUCGGUGGUAUCAUUGCAGCUUGGACGUGCUAUGGCACCAGGAACUAUACUGAUUGGGCCUGGAGGAUACCAACAAUUCUCCAGAUCGCCUUGCCUCUUGUUGCGCUUCCUGCUCUGAUCAUGGUGCCUGAGAGUCCUCGAUGGCUGGUAUCUGUGGGACGAGAAGACGCAGCGCGCGAAACUCUUGGAAAGCUCCACGCGGGCGGUGAUGCGAACCACCCUCUUGUCGACUUCGAACUUCACGAAAUUACGACCGCCAUCGAGUCCGAGAAACAAGCCGAGAAGUCAAGCUCCUGGGCAUCGCUAGUAUCCACUCCAGCCCAUCGUCGCCGACUCUUCAUCACAGCAUCACUGGCAAUUUACAGUCAGUGGGUCGGUAACGGAGUCGUCAGCUACUACCUCUCCACAGUGCUUGCCACCGUCGGCAUCACCAGCGUCACUGAUCAGACUCUGAUCAUGGGAUGUCUCCAGAUCUGGAGUUUCUUGGCUGCAGUUGCUGGUGCUUCGUGCGUUGAGAGACUGGGACGACGAGUUCUCCUCAUGAUCUCUUGCGCAGUCAUGCUUGUCAGCUUUAUCCUUAUCACUGCUAUGUCAGGGAGCUUCGCGCAAACGGGAUCACGAUCAGUUGGAGUCACAAUGAUUCCAUUUGUGUUCUUAUUCAAUGCUGGUUAUGCUAUUGCUAUAACUCCCCUUCAGGUUGCUUACCCUCUCGAGCUUUGGCCGUUCCAGCUACGUGGCCGCGGAAUCUCUGCAGCCUGGAUGAUUAUGAUCUUGGCCCUCAUUUUCAACGUCUUUGUCAACCCGAUUGCCUUGUCGGCUAUUGGCUGGAAGUACUACAUCGUGUAUGUGGCUCUUCUGGUGUCCUACGGUUUCGUGAUUUUCUUCUUCUAUCCCGAGACACGCGGACGUACGCUGGAGGAAAUUUCGGUCAUCUUUGGCGAUGCACCAGAAGGACUUUAUUCAGAUGAGCUGGAAACGAAGCAAGUGAUUGAGAAGGUUGAAGUGAAGCACCUCGACUAG